AGACGCGCUUCAUUGAAUAUAAAUGAUUACUUUAAUCUUUCAGUAAUUUCCAUCUGAGUUUAAUUUUGUUUUAGCACAACGACACAACGAACGAACGCCCUUGUUUAUUAAAACGCUGCUUAUUUAAAAUUCUCUACAAAGAUGCCAAACAAACCCAGAGCUCCUGUUUUUAUUGAGAAGUUGCAAAAUUUGGAAGUAACUGUAGGUAAAACCGCUAUAAUUGAUUGUGUAUGCGAAGGUGAACCUGAACCUGAUGUUGAUUGGUAUUUUGAGGGCAAUCUAAUUAAAGACGCAGGCCGUUUUCGAUAUUUAUUUGAAAAAGAUGAUGUUAUUGGAUUGGAAAUAAAAAAAGUAACAGUUGAAGAUGAAGGAGAAUAUAAAUGUGUAGCUUUUAAUAAAAGUGGUGAAGUAAGCUGCAAAUGUGAACUUCUUGUAAACGAUCCAAAUAAAAAGAGUGAAAAGACUGAAGAAUCAAAAUCAAAAAAAGUUGAAAGCUCUGCACCAAAAGAAAAUAAAAUAUUUACUCCUGCUAGUCGCGCAGGUAAAAAAUCAAAAGUCAAACUACCAAUCGAAAGAGCUGGUAUAAAAGCUGAAAACCCGGAAAAAUAUUAUGAGUUUGGAGAAGAAAUCGGACGCGGAAAAUUUUCUGUUGUAAAAGAAGCCAUAAGUAAAAAGAAUGGUUCAAAAUAUGCUGCUAAAAUAAUCAAGUUUGAUGCUGAUUCCCUCAAGUUUGCAAUUCGUGAAUAUGACAUAAUGACUAGUGGUAAAAUGGGUCAUAGUCAGUUAGUUCAAUUGCAUGAAGCAUAUUUGGUCAGAAAAUAUCUCAUUCUUAUCAUGGAUCUUUGUGAUGGAAAGACAUUAUUAGACUUUGUAUCUCAUAAGCAUGCUCUUACAGAAGAUGAUGUUGCUGGCUAUAUUCGACAGCUUUGUGAAAUCUUAGCAUUCAUGCAUUCAAACAAUCUUGUACAUUUAGAUGUUAGGCCUACAAAUAUUCGUUUUUCUUCUGGGCGUGAAAUAAAACUCCUUGAUUAUAACAGCUCUAGAAUGGUAGCAAAUAAAAAAGCCGGGGAAGUAGUUGAUGUCAUUGGCGAUACAGAGUUUUGUGCACCAGAAAUGUUAAGGUUUGAACCUGUGUUACCAGGCUCAGAUAUGUGGUCAGUUGGUGUUAUUAUGUAUACUCUACUCAGCGGAAUUUCACCAUUUUACUAUGAAGAUGAACAGCAAGUUUUAAUUAGUGUUCAAAAAGUGAAAUGGAGCUUUGAUAAAGAUGCAUUUGCAACUAUUACUUCUGAAGCCAAAGAUUUUAUUAGCAAGUGUUUUGUUCGAAUUCCAGAGAUGAGAUUAUCUGCUGAAGAAGCUUUAAAACAUAACUGGUUGAAAAGUGAUUAUGCAAGAGCUCGUAAAGCUUCUACUUUGAAAAUUCAACAAACACUUCAACAAACUGAUGAACGCUUGUUUUCAGAGGAAGAAGAAGAUUAUGUGGUUGCCUCACUAGUGUUUAAAACAUACGAAGAAGAAGAAUACGAGUCUCCAGAAGUGUCUGAUGAUUCAGAUGAUGAGUGACCUCACAAACAGCUAUUAACGAUACUACGUUUAUAGUUGGUAAACUUGUUUCUCGAGAAAAUAGACCUUAAAAAAGAAUAUUUUUUAAAAUGGUUCAUUUCACUGUUUUAACUAUGGAAAAUUAUUUCACUCUAUUUAUUUUUAGAAAUUAUCGUAUUAGUGCACAUUUUUUAUUUCGCAAAAAAUAUGUAUAUAUUUUAUUGUGAAUGGAUUUUAAUUUUGUAUUUAUUGUUUGUAGAACAUGUUGCUCACUCGUGUGCAAUAUAUAACAUGUUCAACUUG